CUCUCAGUAUGAGCGCGAGCAGUGUGCUGAGCUGGCUGCUGUAAAAUGGCAGAGCGCUCUGUGAGCAGCGCGUGAGCCGGUGUGUGUGUGUGUGCGCGUGCGUGCGUGCGUGUGUUCGUGUGCGUGCGUGUGUGUGUGUGUGUGUGUGUGUGUGUGUGUGCGUGUGUGUGUGUGUGUGUGAGCGUGCUCUCUCCGAGAGACGAUCGCCUUCAUCAGUCGCUGAUUUCAUCCUUCGUUCAGCUGUUUGACAGACCGGACUUGACUCUGAUCCUCCGCGAUGAACGGGAGCGCUCGAAGUCCUGGACUUUAGGCUCGAGCCACAUUCGGCAGGAUCCAUCCGUCUGCACUUCCCGGGACACAUACACGCACGCGCGCGCUUAACGCAAGGUGACCGACCGGUCUGUGUGCAGCGGGAGGCAGAAUGGCGCUGCGAGAAGGGCUCUUGCAGAUUCUUGUCGAUGCACUUUGGUCGCGCGACGUGGAAUAAAAAGCGCGCACGCGCACGCGACGUGCACCUGCUGCACGCGGCUGCCGCCAGACUCCAUCAUCAGCAGCAUUAGCAGCUUCAUCAUCAGCAUCAUCAUCAUCAUCUGUAGCAGCAGCAGCGAGGCUCGCGCUAAAUGCGAAGGAAGACUCGCGCGCCGGUUUAGUCAGCAAUGCGAGCCUGCUGUUGAAUAAACACACGGACUACUGUCCAGCGCGCCCACCCCGCCCGUGGGCCGCCGGACGCACAUGGCACGCGGCGCCGAGUUGUGAAACGCCUGGAGAAGACCACUGCUGACCAGAAGAAGACUGCAAGGGAGCGCCUGAUGAUGAUGAUGAAUGGCUACACGAGCCUGUUCGUUCGAACGCGGGUAAACGCGGCGUGCGCGCUCCAGCGCGGAGUCCAGACCUCAGCCGGCGAGCUGAACACGUUCAGCUAGUCGUAAGUACUCACUCACGCGCGUGCACCCACAUACCCAUACGUACAGACAGAGCGGAACAAGAGCGGGAAGGAUGGAGCUUUCGGAAGUGCGCUGCUCAAGCGCGAGCGACGAGCUGUACACCAUCAACAAGACGCCCGCGAGUUCGAACGGCGCGCGGCCCAAACGUCUGCUGUGGCAGAACGCCGUGCGCCACAUCACCGAGCAGCGCUUCAUCCACGAGCACGUCGGCAGCAACAAGGCGGCGUCCCCGGACGCGCAGGACGCCGGAAAGACGGCAGGAGACCGACAGCGGCAGCAGCAGCAGCAGCAACAGCAGCAGCACAACAACGGCGGCACUAAAGUGUUCCCCGAGCGCUCGAGCAGCGACUUAGGCUUCGUGCAGCUCGACUGCGCGCCAAGCAACUCGGAGUUCUUCCUGAGCUGGGGCUACACGUACCGCGGCGUCAUCUUCCCCACUCUGCGCUACGCCUUCAAGUCGCGCGAGCUCGAGCGCCUCUACCAGCGUUACUUCCUGGGCCAGAGGCGCAAGUCCGUGGUGGUCAUGAACAUCCUGGACGUGGUGACCAAGCUGACGCUGCUCGUGCUGCACCUGACGCUCGGCGCCACGCCCGUGGACCCCAUCCGGGGCAUGCUGCUCGGCUUCUUCACGGGCGUCGAGGUGGUCAUAUGCGCGCUCGUGGUCGUGCGCAAGGACACGAGCUCGCACGGCUACCUGCAGUACAGCGGCGCGGUCACGUGGGCGGCCAUGGCCACGCAGAUCCUGGCCACGGGCCUUGGCUACGGCCUGCUUGGGGACGGCGUCGGCUACGUACUCUUCACGCUCUUCGCCACCUACAGCAUGCUUCCGCUGCCCCUCACGUGGGCCAUGGCGGCCGGCGUGCUCACCUCCGCGCUCCACAUCGCCCUGCAGGUGCUCGCGGCGCCCCAAGCUCAGCUCUCCACCAAUCAGCUUUGUGCGCAGGUGUUGUUGUUCGUGUGUAUGAACACUGCGGGGGUGUUUAUCAGUUACCUGGCUGACCGCGCCCAGCGCCAGGCCUUCCUGGAGACACGCAGGUGCAUCGAGGCCCGUCUGCGCCUGGAGACUGAGAACCAGAGACAGGAGCGGCUGGUGUUGUCUGUGUUGCCUCGCUUCGUUGUACUGGAGAUGAUUAAUGACAUGAGUAAUGUGGAGGAUGAAAAUCUACAGCACCAGUUUCACCGCAUCUACAUCCACCGCUAUGAAAACGUCAGUAUACUGUUUGCUGAUGUGAAGGGCUUCACUAACCUGUCCACUACCCUCUCGGCUCAGGAGCUUGUCCGAAUGCUAAAUGAACUCUUUGCACGCUUCGACCGCCUUGCGCAUGAGCACCACUGUCUGAGGAUAAAGAUUCUGGGUGAUUGUUAUUACUGCGUUUCAGGGCUUCCUGAACCCAGACCAGACCAUGCCCACUGCUGUGUGGAAAUGGGUCUGAGCAUGAUCAAAACCAUCAGGUAUGUGCGUUCACGUACAAAGCACGACAUCGACAUGCGUAUUGGGAUUCACUCUGGCUCAGUCUUGUGUGGAGUUUUGGGCUUAAGAAAGUGGCAGUUUGACGUCUGGUCCUGGGAUGUCGACAUCGCCAACAAACUUGAGUCUGGAGGGAUACCUGGGCGGAUCCACAUCUCUAAAGCGGCUUUGGACUGCUUAAAUGGAGACUAUGAGGUAGAGGCGGGCCAUGGAAAGGACCGGAACGAUUUCCUGCGCAGACACAACAUCGAGACAUUCCUGAUCAAACAGCCGGAAGAGAGCCUGCUUGCCCUGCCUGAGGACAUCAUGAGGGAGGCCACCAACCAAUCAGAUCAUAGAGCAUCUACCACCACUUUUACUGAAGGCACUUGGAGUCCAGAACUGCCCUUCCACAAUAUAGUGGGCAAGCAGAAUUACUCGCAGAUGCGGGACGAGGUGUUCAAGUCAAAUCUGGUGUGUGCCUUCAUUGUACUCCUCUUCAUCACAGCAAUACAGAGCCUACUGCCUUCUGCAAGGAUGGCAACCAUGGCAAUCCAGUUCUCUGUGCUUAUCUUACUGCACUGCUGUCUGGUUGUCGUGACAACGGCGGAGGACUACAAGUGUCUGCCAUUGGUUUUGCGUAAGGCAUGUUGCUGGGUGAACGAGACAUACACUGCGCGAAAUGUUGUCAUCCUCCUCUCCAUCUUGAUCAACUUCCUGGCUGCCAUUAUUAACAUUUUGUGGUGUAAUGUUGAUAAAUCCAUCUGGGACGUAUUCAGGAAUGGCACAUUUGAUGCUUCAGCCUCCAUCCCCGGCUGUCUCUACCCAGAGUAUUUUGUGUUUACGGGCGUGCUGGCGAUGGUGACAUGUGCCGUGUUUCUACGGUUAAACUCUGUGCUGAAGUUGGUCAUUCUGCUGCUGAUGAUUGCCAUCUACUCACUACUGACAGAGGCUUUCUAUCACUCGCUGUUCACUCGCUACGACACCAUCUCCAGCUACGAUAACUUCAGCAACCAGAGCGAAAGCUUUCUGGGAACCAAAAGGACAUCUCUGCUGCUGAUGGCAAUGUUCCUGUUAGCGGUGUUUUAUCAUGGACAACAGCUGGAGUAUACAGCACGACUGGAUUUCCUGUGGCGCGUUCAGGCGAAGGAGGAGAUCAAUGAAAUGCGAGAGUUGAGGGAACACAAUGAGAACAUGUUGCGUAACAUCCUGCCCAGCCACGUCGCACGUCACUUCCUUGAGAAGGACAGAGACAAUGAGGAGUUGUAUUCUCAGUCCUAUGAUGCGGUUGGAGUGAUGUUCGCCUCUAUUCCUGGCUUUGCUGAUUUUUAUUCUCAGACUGAAAUGAACAAUCAGGGAGUUGAGUGUCUACGGCUGCUCAACGAGAUCAUCGCCGACUUUGAUGAGCUGCUGGGGGAAGAUCGUUUUCAGGACAUUGAGAAAAUUAAAACUAUUGGCAGCACAUAUAUGACAGUGUCUGGUCUGUCACCAGAAAAACAGCAAUGUGAGGAUAAGUGGGGUCACCUGUGUGCUCUGGCUGACUUCGCCAUUGCUCUGAAUGAGAGCAUCCAGGAGAUCAACAAACACUCCUUCAACAACUUCCAGCUUCGAAUCGGCAUGGCCCAUGGUUCCGUUGUUGCAGGUGUGAUCGGUGCUAAGAAGCCUCAGUAUGAUAUCUGGGGGAAGACAGUGAACCUGGCCAGCCGUAUGGACAGCACCGGGGUCAGCGGAAAGAUCCAGGUCCCUGAAGAAACUUACGCCAUUCUGACAGAGCGCGGCUUUGCCUUCGAAUACCGUGGCGAGAUCUAUGUGAAGGGCAUCAGUGAGCAGGAAGGAAAGAUCCGCACGCACUUCCUGCUGGGCCGUGUGCAGCCCAACCCUCUGAUCCUGCAGCCACGCAAGCUCACGGGGCAGUACUCUCUCGCCGCCGUGGUGCUCGGCCUUGUGCAGUCUCUCAACCGGCAGAAACAGAAGCAGAUCCUCAACGAAAACAACAACUCAGGCAUCAUGAAGGGCCACUAUAACCGCCGCACCCUGCUGGCACCUGGGGGUCCUGACACCAGCCACACCGAGAUGGCAGCGGACAAGAAUGAAAUGGCCUAGAGAGUUGAGUUUCUAGAAGGUACUUAAAGUACAGAAAAACUAAAAGACUGCUAUCGCAGACAUUUUCCUGAUAAAAAGGACUGGGCGUUCAACAAAGAUCGCCUUACUGAAAGACUGAGCUGUCCCAAAGACUGUCUGAUAAACUGACUGAGUGUCCCUCUUGCUGUCCAUGUUUCUUUUUUGUAUUUCUUUUGUAUUUCCGGCACAAUAAAAGGGUUUAAUUUUUUAUAAA